AAAAAUGUUUGCGUUGUGGUACUUGUCUUUUGCCAUCGAUGAAAUAAGAAAACAUUUCGGUUGGUUUUUCGGUAAUUUAAAUAUAAAGCUUGGCAAAAAUGCCAUCGAAAAUAAGGAACAACCACUACAGCAACCACAGCAACAACCAGCAGCAAUAAACAAAAUUACAGACAAUAAACCUGUGCCUGAGCCCAAACCAGUAAAACCAGAAAUAAAGCCCGUCACAUCUACUCCGGUAGCUCCAACUCCAGCAAAACCGAUUGAGAAACCAGCGCCAGCAACACCCCCUUCGACACCAAUAUCAAGCCCAUCAGUAAAACCAACAUCAAGUAUUGCUACUUUGAAAAAGGAAUUAGCGACUGAUGCCUUAGAUAAAAAACUACAGGAGGCUGGCAAACCUUUCCAAAAUGGCAAUGAAAACCUUAAGGAUAAUUUGAAGGAUGCCACAACCGGUUUUUUACAAAAGGAAUCUCAAAAACAGACAGAAAGAAAAUUAAACAUCAUGGUUGACGCCGCUGUUAUUGCUAAAUUGGAAGAGGGUUACGCCAAGUUGGCUGCCUCUGACUCCAAGUCAUUGUUGAAGAAGUACUUGACUAAAGAAGUUUUCGACAACUUGAAGAACAAGAAGACUCCAACUUUCGGUUCGUCUUUGCUGGAUGUCAUCCAAUCUGGUUUGGCCAAUCAUGAUUCCGGUGUCGGUAUUUACGCUCCUGAUGCUGAAGCUUAUACUGUCUUCGCUGAUCUGUUCGACCCCAUCAUUGAGGACUACCAUGGUGGUUUCAAGAAGACCGAUAAGCAUCCACCAAAGGACUUUGGUGAUGUAAGCACUUUCGGAAACUUGGACCCCAACAAUGAAUUCGUCAUUUCCACCCGUGUACGUUGCGGUCGUUCCUUGGAAGGUUAUCCUUUCAACCCAUGUCUCACCGAAGCCCAGUACAAGGAAAUGGAAGCUAAAGUUUCAAGCACUUUGUCUGGAUUGGAGGGCGAAUUGAAGGGCAAAUUCUACCCAUUGACUGGCAUGGAGAAAUCCGUUCAGCAACAAUUGAUAGAUGAUCACUUCUUGUUCAAGGAGGGAGAUCGCUUCUUGCAAGCUGCCAACGCUUGCCGUUACUGGCCAUCUGGACGUGGUAUCUACCAUAACGACAACAAGACUUUCCUGGUGUGGUGCAAUGAGGAAGAUCACUUGCGCAUCAUCUCCAUGCAAAUGGGUGGUGAUUUGGGUGAAGUGUUCCGUCGUUUGACAAACGCUGUAAAUGAAAUUGAGAAGCGUAUUCCUUUCAGUCACGAUGACCGUUUGGGCUUCUUGACCUUCUGCCCCACCAAUUUGGGUACCACCAUCCGUGCCUCCGUGCACAUUAAGCUGCCAAAAUUGGCCGCCAACCUUGCCAAAUUGGAGGAAGUUGCUGGCAAAUAUAACUUGCAAGUGCGCGGUACUCGUGGUGAACACACUGAAGCCGAAGGUGGUAUCUAUGAUAUCUCCAACAAGCGCCGCAUGGGUCUCACUGAAUACCAGGCCGUCAAAGAGAUGUACGAUGGCAUCACUGAACUCAUCAAGAUCGAAAAGAGCAUUGAAGAGAGUUCUGAAGACGAGAAGCCCGCUGCUAAAAAUACUGCUAACAAAACUUUACCACAAAAAAAUUCUAAAAAGAGCUCUUCAAGCGACGAUAGUUCCGACGACGAACCAAAGGCCAAAACACCAGCGAAACCUGCUAAUGUAAAAGUGACAGAAAAGAAAAAUCAAAAUUCAAGUAGUGAAGAAGAGUCUGAUAGCGAAGAGGAAAAUAAAAAAGUAGCCGCCAAAACACCUUUGGUGAAGCAGGUUGCUAAGAAAGAUGAAUCGGAAGAUAGCUCUGAAGACAGCGAUAGUGAAGCAGAAGAGGCGAAAAACGUUAAAAAAAUUGCACCUGCAAAAGGUGGCGCCAAGGAAAAAGAAGACUCAGAUAGUUCAUCUGAAGACAGUGAGGAAGAUAAAAAACCAACGAAGGUGGCCCCAACUAAAACUGCUCCUGUAAAAGCUGCAAAUUCUUCAGAUUCUGACUCUGAUUCUGACAGUGAAGACGAAAAGGCAACGGUUAAAAAUACAAAGAAACCAAUAGUAAAAGCUGCCGCUGUUGCCAAAAAACAAGAAGCAUCUAGUGAAGAUGAUAGUUCCGAUGAGCCAUCCAAACCGGUAGUGAAAAAGGUAGCAGCAGCGAAGAAUAAAUCUAGUUCGGAAGACAGUUCCAGUGACGAAGACACACCUGCUGUUUUACCCACCGUUAAAAAAAAUGUAGCUCCCGCUAAAACAGCCAAAUCUAGCAGUUCUGAAGAGAGUUCAUCGGAGGAUGAAGCUCCGCCACAGAAAAAACCAGCACCAGCUAAAACUGUUGCGCCACUUAAAAAAAAAGAGUCGAGCUCUGAAGAUUCGUCCUCAGAGGAAGAACCGCCAGCUAAAAAGCAGGCAGUAGGUGCUACGAAGGCAGUUGCUGUACCUAAGAAGGACGAGUCGUCAAGUGAUGAUAGCGAUUCUGAAGAUAGCGAAGAUGAGAAAGCGAAGCCUAAACCAAAGGUUUUAGCUCCAGCAAAGAAAGACGAAAGCAGCUCUGAUGAUGAUGAUGACGAGGACGAAGUUGAGCAAAAAAAGAAGCCAAAGGUUGGUGAAAAGAGAAAAUUUGAUGAAGUUGCGACUGGACAAAAUCAGCCUAAUAAAAAGUAUAGCAAUUUUGUGAAGAGCGGUGAAGGCAAGAGUGAAGGUGGAGACUUUAAAAACAAUAGAGGCGGUGGCGGUGGCGGACGCGGUCGCGGCGGCAAAGGAGGUAGAGGCGGCGGUGGUGGCGGAGAUGGUAACAGCGGCUUCCAUAAGUUUGGAGAUAGAAAAUCAUUUGGAGGCUUUGAAAAUGGCGGCGGACGAGGUGGUGGCCGUGGUGGCCGCGGCGGUUUUGGUGGCGAUCGUGGCGACCGUGGUGGUCGUGGAGGUCGUGGAGGUGGAGGAGACCGCGGCCGGGGUGGAUUUGGUGGAGGAGAUCGAGGUCGGGGUGGAUUUGGCGGAGGUGAUCGAGGUCGGGGUGGGCGCGGCCGUGGCUCGGGACGUGGAAACUUUGGUGGUGCCAAUAAACCCUUCAAUAAGUCAUUCGAUUCAUCAUCCACACAAAAUAAGAAAAUCACAUUUGAUGAUUAGACAAGAUUAGUGCAACUUAUUUUUUAAGAACACAACAACAAUUUCGUUUACAUUUCACCGACAAUUUUGAAUACGCAUGUCUUGUAUUUGUUACAAACGUUACGAAAAUCUUAAUUUUAUUGCUUUACAGAAAAAUGCAUCUGGUUCAUGGGGUGACCGAGCUAACAAAGAUUUAAAACAUACACGCGGAAAGUCGUUUAAACACGAAAAAACUAAGAAGAAACG